UUUUAUUAAAAAUCCCUUUGUUGCGUGAAUCUCCGGAUCCUACUUUUAUAGGGAUAUAAUAUUAUUACUGUUAGUGGAGAUAUUACUAAUACGAUUCCAUUUACAUAAUACGCUGUGCUUCGAUUGCUUUUGCGCGCUGUCGUUCGCAACUUGUUGGAGGGGAUAAUUAACAGGCAAUUGCAUAAUCUUGGCAACAGGUAUCGGUUCGACCACGAUUAUCUCUUCAGUCUGCAGUCAUGGCGCAGAGCUCCAGACUCUCCUCCAACCUAGGAAAUCGCGGGGGUAUGGGGAAGAUUGCUGACUGUAUGAAGCAGGUGUUAGUUCGUGGAGAGAUGAGCGACGUUCAGUUCGCGGUGGGACGGGAUUAUGGAGCACCACGGAUUUUUUCAGCUCACAGAAUCAUCAUGAGUGCCCGGAGCGAUGUAUUCUACACCAUGUUCUACGGAAGCGUCCCCGAGAACUGUGCAGCUCCUAUUGAUAUUUCGGACAUUCUUCCCGACGCAUUCGCAAAUGUGCUAAGCUAUAUUUACACGGAUGCCGUGCCGAACCUCAGCGACGACAACGUCUUCCCGACGCUAAACAGCGCCGAUAAGUAUGACUUACCUUUGCUGGUGGAGAAGUGUGUCGAAUUUAUUCUGAAUAAGCUCAACCUCGAUAACUGCCUGGAAAUCCUGGAGAAGGCCGUUCAGCAUACGUGCGCGUCGCCGGACAUCAUGGAGCGGUGUUUGCAGUUGGUUGAUGGGUCAGCGGAAACUAUCUGGCAGUCUGAUCGUUUCUCCAGCAUCAGACCUGAGACGCUGCUGAUCGUUCUUCAACGGGAGACUUUGGCCGCCGAUGAAGCCACCAUCUAUGAAUCGAUAGAAAAUUGGGCUGCGGAGGCGUGCGAGGAAAAGAAAAUCGACGCUUCUGCGGUAAAUCGACGUGAAAUUUUGGGACCGGCACUGUAUCUUGUUCGAUUCCCGCUGAUGGCCGAUGCGCAGUUGAUGGAUGGGCCCGCUAAGACCGGCUUGCUGUUGCAGUCUGAGUUAUGGGACAUCUUCCGCUGUAAGCAUGCCGCCGUCAAACCGGCGCUGCAGUUUCGUAGGGAGGCUCGACAAAACGAUAUGCGGCCUGAGGGCGUUAUCAGUAUUACGGUUCCGGACGUUAGGAAGCUGGAGGAGGAUCGAACGAUGAGCGAUCCCAUUACGGUCCGGAAACUGGCUUGGAGAAUCCAUGUAAUGAAGCGUAAGACGACUGGCAGGGGAUCUUUCGGCCUGGCGUAUUUUCUGCAUUGUGCUGGCGUGCCCGGCUCGGAUUCCUGGAGGUGUCAGGCCAAAGCGGAGCUGCGCUUGCUACCAUGGAAUGCGGAAACUCCACCGAUUAAAAGACCGAUCUCCCAUAUGUUCUCGAAGAAAGAAAAUGACUGGGGAUUCACAAAUUUUAUCUACAUGGAGGAUUUGAUGGACCCGGUGCAAGGAUAUUUUAAUCCCAGUGACUUCUCGUUGAAACUGCAAGUUCACCUGGCCGCAGAACCUCCUCAGGAAACUGAAUAACUGUGUUGCUGAAAUUUUGCCGAUUUUUCUGCUAAUUUACCGAUUAUUUUAUCCACUGAUAAUCGUUAAUUCUAGCAUUGAAGCUUCUCUAUGUCGUAGGGAAGUCCUUUCCAUGUAUCCAUGGUCAGAUGUGCAGCAAGAAAAAGAAA